AGCCGUGCGCGUGUUGGUAUGGAGCCGCCGUCUCGUUGGCAGAUACCCGGAGCCGGAGUGACGGUCUAUCGGCCGGAGCGUUAGCACGCGUUGCUUUUUCGUUCGCGUUUUACUGACUUUUCAUACCAAAACCAUAUGCAUCACACUUAUAUUUGCACACGAAAAGACGACCUCAUCCGCACACUCCGAUCAACGCAUCCGUUUGUUCAGUUCUAAUCAAAUGCUAAAAACACUCAACGUGGUCAUCAAUUCCAACGAAUUUAUUGAUAUUUUUAAUAGCGCAUAUAAAACCUACAAAUAAUAUUUAAAAAAUAUGAUAAAAUGGUGCUAAUAACUGAUUUUUAUAUGAAUGUAAGAAUUGUUGUUUAAAUGUACAUGCAUUAAAUAUACAAGAAUAACGCGAACGCAGCCGAAAAUCAAACGCGCCAAAGUGACAUGUUACUAUAUCAACCAUCGUCGAAAAUUGGAGCAAACAGCAUUAUACAUUUUAUAAAAUCAAAGCUAAUUUACCCGACAAUUACGUUUAGGUAAAUUCGUAUUGCUGUCAUAUAUCACCGAGAAGACGGCGAGUGGUAGUGGCGGAAAAUGAACGUUCAACUACGACCGGGUCAUAAUAUGGAACAUACAGGUUAUUUGGGUAACUCACGGGUGAUUAUCAAUAAUCAUUAUGAUGCAGCAACACAGGCGGAUAUUCAGCACAUCGCGGUGAGUUACGAGUCGGAGGAUGAGACCUCCGGGCGCGUGCAGUCGCGUAGCCGUCGCUCCACCGCCUUAUACAGUCGGCAGGAUAUUCUGGAACAGUAUUGCAUAUCGGAGCGCGGCAUGGGCGCCUUGGAAACCGACCGACGCGGAUUUUUCAGCUGUCUGUCCUCGCACCAGUUAUCACCAUGCACCAAGUCGUCAAUAUUGACCGUGUGUGUGCAGAAGGUGCCGUCCGACGAGAAUCUGCAGGAGUUGUAUCGCCGCCCGCAGUAUCAACAAUACGUACGAAAACCGAGAUGGGUACCGCCGGCUCAAACGGAAAUUUACAAUUACGAACAGGACCUAAACAGUUCUUAUUUCCGCCGAAAGGCGUACACGGACGCAAGCACCUACCAAUGGAUGCCUUCGGACGACGAGUCGGUGCGGAUGGAGCGACCGCGGUCAAUAUUGGACCAUCAUGGGUCUCACACUACACCGCACAGGACGAAACAUGUGAGUUUUGCUCGGUCUCACACUCUGACCUCUUUCGACGACGCAGUGGUGUCCCUUGGCGCAUCAACUUCUAGCUUGAGCAAAACCGCGAGAAGUCAGGAACGGCUCAUUGAUGUUAGACGGUCUCUGGAAAAAUCCCCCAUUACCAGGCAGCCGGAGCUUGUGGAACCACUCGUCGUGAUGGAGAAGCACAUACGCACACCCAUGAAAACACAGGCGACGCAAACGGAGGCAUGUCUGGGUAGAAAACCACUACCACCAAGUUUAAGCCCAAGGACCGUUAGUCGGGUCAAAAUGGUAUCCCAGGGAGCUCAGACCAACGGCAUCGUGGUUAACGGUCGUAAAUUAACGAAAUCUUAUUCGGAAGCCGGCAGCAAGUUUGGUCCAGUCUCACCGCACCAAGAGGUCCAAGAGACACAAGAACAGCACGAGAUUCUGCACAGGACUUAUUCGGAUGAACCUCCACGCUCUCCAUUUGUUCUCAAAUCUCCACCUCCCGACAUAUUGCCACCGUUGUUGAGUGAUUCUUCGUCAAUUACACGCAGCGAACAUGAUUCCGAAGAAUCUGAAUCAAAGAAAGAGAUAUUUAUUGACUUCAAGCCGCAGAUGCGCCCCUACAGCUAAAAACUCUUAACCAAGACUUCCUCGGAUGGGGAGAUCUUGCUUGACCAGCAACGUCGCAUCGAGUGCGUUCCGUCCUCUGUCAGCCAUGAGAACAUCCUCCAGGCAGACGUCGAAGAACAAACCAAGAAAUAUACCCCUUAUUUGCGCACAGCGCCCAUAAGGCAUGAGGGCAUCUUUAAAAUGGAAGAUCAUGUAUUUUCGUCCAUUGAUGAAGAGAACGGAAAUGGUUACGGUCCACAGGAUUCUAUCGACGAAGUGUUUCAUGAAAAUUAUAUCUAUGACGGGAAGUAUCUAAAGGUGGAGGGAUCAUCCACAAGUGAAGAGCAGGAGAGAAAAUCGGACGAAAACGUGGAGUACGAGGAAGAGGAGGAAGAGGACGGCGAUGGUGAUGGCGAGGACGACCGAGGACGAGUGCGUCGUCCCUACGUGCUACGUGCGUCCGGAAGAAAAAGCGCGUCGAGCGAUUCACUCGCGACGGAUUUGCGCGAUCACUCCGAUGGCAUAUGGAACGAAUCACAAGCGACUGUGCUGCAGGCCGAUUCUGGCACGGAUAACGGCACAGGAUUGAGUGGCACGUCCGAAUUAACAACGUCGCCAGUUUCCGUCAAGCUGCUGACUCCGUCGUCGCGCCGGAAACACUUAUUGAUGUUACAACACCAGCAACGUUCCUCAAUGGAUACAGAUGCUUUAGAUGAGGAACUCCCGGAACAGAUACAGAUCACUAGUCCUACGUCGCCACGCACAAUUACUGACACCUUAAGUGUAUCGAUUAAAGUUCCCGAGGCGACCACGUCAAAGCACUAUUUGCAAUUGAAGAAGAAAACGACAAUAUCGCCAAUAUACAAGAAGCGGGUGCUUGAGUCAACGGAAUCGCCUCAGCCCGCAGUCGUGCCCGAUCUACUCGCACGCACUGACUCCGGCAGAACCAACACGGAUUUAUCGGAAAGCACAACAACGGAUGAUUACAUCACUGCCAACUCAACCGAUAGCUCAAGGCGCAGCACAUCCAGAGGUGUAGAGAGAACCGUACGGACUGUACAAAUUCAACCUCCAACAGAAGGUGAUGAUAUGGUUGUGCCCUCAUUCUCGCCACCUAUUGCGGAGGAGACUAGCGAAUUGACGCCAGUGCCUGACGUGCGCACCGGGCGCUCAUCCCCGACGGGUAGCAGUUCAUCGUCCGGUAGUUAUAGCCUCAACGGAUCUUGCCCUGAUCUGCCUCAACGACCACCAGUGCCUUCACCGAAACAUGCCCCGUCAGUGUCAGAGGACGAGCGGAGUGCCCACUUUUCCUCGUCGGGAUACUAUGAUUCACCUUUGGAAGACGAUGCCACUUGGAAGUCCGAUCCGAAAGACGCAUGGACCGAAAAGGAGCGCACCAAAGUGCAGGAAAUGCCAAAGUCACUCGAUGAACCAUCCACUUCAGUAGAUAACGAAACCGAAAAAGCAUCUCCACUCAAGGAGCACCUUCGGCCCACUGACAAACCAAAGCAGCGCCGCGUCAGAACACGCAGUCCGAUGCCUCCGCAUCGUAAACUCCUACUUCAGCAGCAACAAAAGAAAUCGCCUUGUCAUGAAGACCGACCCGCGGGUGACGAGCGCAAACCGAUCGCAUUAACCUCAGAUGAAUCUAUCACAACUGAGCAGUCUCCGAGAAAGAGUAAAAAUAAGAGACAAGGACGAAAAUCUCCAAGGUCUCCUACCAAGAGUCGCAAACGCAGCGACAGCAUUGAAGAGAAAGCAGUUAGUCUCCCCGGAACACUACCACGUAAAAGUGUACAGCGAAGCAAUGCACAAGAUGACACCACACAAAGCUCGGCCAAAAGUUCCCGGAUCUUAAGCCCACGCAGUCAUAGUCCAGAAGCGUCGCCAACACUGCAAAAGUCCACACCGGAAAGCGGCAGAUUAAAAGCGCUGAGUGCCGAAUCUUUGAGAUCGGUAAGCCCGGGCAGUGACAGUGUUUUCUACAGCGAUCCUAGCAGUCAUGCAGCUGCGUCCGAUCAACACGUACACUGCUUACAUUGCGGUAAAGAGGUGGACAUCGUGACCACUGACGAAGUUGAGAAAAGUUGCAGUCAGCCGGAUAUAGUACAGCCUCCGGAAGGAUUUGCCGACUCACCGCGAGCCAAACACCCGACUAGUGGCCGACUGUUCAAAAAGUUUGAGAAGCGUUACCGGUCGGAAGACAGAGGUCAUGGGGAUAGGAGGCAUUUUAGAAAUCGCUCUGAAGGACUUCGAGCAAAGAGUGAAGAGCGAGGCAGGACAGAGAAUGGCCGGAAGAUGCGUCCGAUGGCACGUUCGAGGGACGCCAGUUUAGAAGGACUACGAGCAACCGACUCCAGUCCGAGCGUAUUACUCGCUGCCCCUGAAGACGAAGAUGAUCUAGGCGUGUACAGCACACCCUAUCUUGACAACACAUGGAUUUACAUUGACGACCUGGACGAGCUACAAACGUGGUUCCGAUCGGAUUCCGGCGAAGAGGAACAAUUGCGUCGUGAUUCCGUCUCCAGUACCGGCAGUACAGAAAGCGAGCAUGAUUUCAAGAAACGUUAUCAGGCUGUCACGCAUCGCAUGGUUCAUCGAAAGUCCUGUCUGGAAAUGUACAAGCGUCAGGCGACGAAAUCAUUCGAAAUCAGCAUGGUGUUUGCACCGGAAUCGACUACUGGCGAACAUGAAUCCCUCAGGCAGAGUCUCGAAGAGUUGCUUAAGUUGAUGUUGGUAGUUUGGUGCAAAGAAAAUCAAGCGUUGCAAACAAUUUCCACUAAGAAAAGCGAAAGUGACAAAACUAUCGUGGUGCGACGUGAAUCCGGUGAAUUUGGAUUCAGAAUACAUGGUUCCAAACCGGUGGUGGUUUCUGCAAUCGAACCGGACACACCUGCAGAAAGUUCUGGAUUGGAGGUGGGCGAUAUUGUAUUGGCUGUCAAUGGAAUCAGCGUUUUGGACAAGAGUCAUUCCGAGGGUAAAAUUGCACAUGCUGGUAGUGAUGUACUUACCCUAGAAGUUGCUAGAACAGUAGGAGUAUUGAGCCCUACAACUGCGGAUAUCCAUGGAGGUGCACCACUCUACAGCGGAUACCUGUGGAAAAUGGGCGGUCAUGCUAGCGGUACCCAAACCAACAAAUGGGUUCGGCGUUGGUUCGCGUUGAAAGACAACUGUCUAUAUUUCUACAAGACUGAUAUAGAUAAACAACCAGUUGGUGCUAUGAUGCUCUUCAAUUAUGAAAUCCAUCGCGUGGAUGACACUGACAGCGAGGCUCCCGUCAGACCAUUCCGCUUCUGCUUGCGGCGCAAAGGAGUACCCACUUUGCAUUUAGCUGCGGAUACGGAUCCAGCAUUGGCAAGAUGGCUGGAGGUACUGAUGCAUGCUGCGGACGGCAGUCAGAUCACAGACGCUUGGUUGGAGCAAACUCGGCGGGAUCACACUUCCCCGAACCAGGUGCGACGACCCGAUUGCUUCGGUUACCUGAUCAAGUUGGGCACCCAGUGGAAGUCAUGGAGUCGCCGGUACUGCGUGUUGAAGGACGCUUGCUUGUACUUCUAUCAGGACGCAAACGCCAAGAAUGCAUUCGGUGUUGCUUGCCUACAUGGAUAUAGAGUUCAGCAGACAUCGUCGGUGAACAAGAAACAUGCAUUCGAAAUUAUUCCAUCUGACUCCAAGCAGAAGCAUUAUUACUUCCAUACAGAGUCCGAUAUGGAUCGAAAGAGAUGGAUCGCAGCACUUGAGUACUCCAUUGAUCGAUGGCUGAAAGUAUUGUAAGCUUUGUCAAAGAAAACAAAACCGCGUUGUCGUGAAAUCCUUUAUGGAAACCAUGCCAAAAGAAGCAAACCAAAUUAAUAUCGCACAUUAUUAUAAUAAAAUAAUCCAUUUUGAUACAAAAACGAUUGAAAAAACAUAUAUAAAAAUAUAUCUAUAAAACUUUACGACGAAUGUGAUCAGUGUGAAUAAGUUCCAAAAUUUAUAGAAAUUUACUUUACUUGACAUUUCACGUUUAUACAAUGUAUUUAAGCAUACGUUACACGCAUUGUUGUACGCAUGACAAAUAUACACUGGUCGGUGUUCAACAUGGGUCUACCAAAUUAUCGUAGAGAGUAUAUUAAGAGAAACCGUAAAUGAGACUCUACGAGUAGGUUUAUGUCACCAAGUCACUAGAAAUCACCAAUAAGUAAUGCGCGUAGUUUUGCAACGCAAGUUUCGUUUGCUUCGAAACACAUUCAAACUAUUUUCAUUCAUCAGGAAACGAGAGUGAAGUAAUGUCAAUUGCAAUGGAUUAGGUAAAACGUAAAGAGCUAUGAAUUUAACAGAUAAUGAGAAUACUAGCCUAAGUAUAUUUAUUUUUAGAUACUGCAAACUAUAUCGACUUAAUUAUCAUUUGUCACUUUAUAUUCUCUGUAUAAUUUACUCAAUUCAAUAAUUCAAUAUUUUGUCUACAUUUCUAAUUGAACUUUUAAACUAUACACCUCCAAAAUAGUUUAUUUAUUCAAUUAAAAACAUUAUCAACUACUUCUCGAAUAAUGACUAACUCCAUCUUGCCAUGAUGUCGCAUCAGACAAACUUAUUGUGGCCAAUUGACUGCCAAGACAUAUUACUGCUGGACGCUUUAAAGUUCGUGCAACAACACGACUUGCCAAGAAAUCUAGAAGGAAUAGUGUAGUUUCAUCGUAAGCAUUCGUACAGAAUCCGACUAACUUAUUUUCAGUAUUGCUCGCUAAAAUAUGUACGGCUGUCGUAUGCGUUUCGAAUAGACAUUCAAGUCAACCUCCCUUGAGUAGGACCAGGCGAACGCUGACAACAUUAAACUAAGGCUCAUUAUACCUGAGUGAUAUUUAUGUUAAUCGUUUGUAAUUAAAGGAUCUAUUCUCGAAUUACGAGACGAUAAAAUUACGUAUGUUAAGAGAUGAUUAGGCCGUGAUAUUAUGGAAUACAAAAUUAACCAAAGACCGCAUAGCUGUGUUACCGUCACGACUUCCCGAGCAUUAUAGACGAAAGCGCGAACAGAUAAACUAAUCGAAUUCAAACGAACUCAAGAUGAAUACGAACGUAGCGUAAACACAAUUUACAUAGGUAGAAAUGUUUAAUGAUAUCGAAUCAUAGAUUAACGAUCUUGUCGAGCAUUGUAUUCCUCAGAUAUGUAGAGAUAUUUAAUACGAAUAUGGAGAGUGUGAGAUUUGUAAAGAGCAGGUGUUUUCACACACAUACACAUUGAUAUGAUUCUGAUUUUUACGAUCAAAACAAUGAUCACCGAUCACUAAUAUCCGAGACAUGCACCCACCUACACACACCAGCGCGUUCGCGUAUAAAUGUAAUUUAGCGUUUAGUGAGUAAACCACCUUAUGGAGAAAUUCUAGACUAGGUAGCUAAAGAGAUGUAGUAUUAACCAGCCACCGUACAAAAGGCCUUCGGUGUUGCUAGCUCAGAAUAUCUGUUCAAUCUUUGUUCCAGUUCCAGCACUCAUGUCUCCAUUGAUGAUCCAUUCGAAUUAGGUAUAUGGCGAAAUACGUUAGAUUAUAAAACAUCAAUGUAAACCUUUAUAAAUCCGUUAAAAGUCAUUAGAUCUCCACGUAAUUGUAAGUGAUAGCACUCGCUAGGAAUCAGAAUCAGUUGGCAAUGUUUCGUUCGACAUUUAAGUAAGUUCAUUAACGUAAAGCUAUUAAAGAAGAAAUACAUAAGAAAGAACCAAACUAGGAUGUCCAUUUCUAUUAAAACAUAAAUAAACUAUGAACAUAUAAAAACCAUGCGAUGGGGCACGGAAUAAUUAUUACCUACUUAUUAAAAAUGACAGAAGUAAUAAAUUCGGUUGUUAAACUAAUACGAACCUAUCAUUUAAGGCAACGCUGCAAAUCUGAAUGAAAUAUAAAUAUUUAUGAAAACGAAAUGAAAUGAAAAUUAAAAAGCUCAAUAAACAAAGACUAUAACAGUAAUGUAAUACGAGUCAUAAUAAAUAAAUACUAAAUAUUAUAAAUUAGCCAAAAUAUUAAAAUACAAAGUUUUUGAAAAAAUAUAAAAAGAUAUAUAUGAUAUUUACACGAUGUGUUAGUGCAUUAGGUAAUGAUUUGAUAAUGAUUCAUAUUUUAUGUAGUUUUAUAGAAAAUGUAAAACGAUUUCUAAUCUUUUGAAGUUGUGUUUGGAAUUAAUUUUGUAUUCGCAAUUUAAGCAUAAUUGUUUUCAAAUUUUAUGUAAGAGAGUAAAUAAAAGCUAUGUACACUGCCAGGUAAA